AUGGCACCUCAAGAUUACAACCGCGGCGUACCAGGCCUGCCCUACUUCACGCCCAAACACGACACAAGUCCUGGCUCCAUUCCUCCCUCAAGCAAGCAAGAUGCUCCGGUUCCAACGCUCUUCACGCCCCUCACUAUCCGUGGAACCACACUCCGAAACCGUAUCCAGGUGGCCCCCAUGUGCCAGUACAGCUCAGCAUCUGAAGGCCCUUCAACCGGCGCAUUGACCGAUUACCAUAUUGCCACCCUGGGCCACUACGCCCUCAAAGGAGCCGCCUUGGUAUUCAUUGAAGCCACCGGCGUCCAAGCCAACGGCCGCAUCUCGCCAAACUGCCCUGGCCUCUGGAGUGACUCGCAGAUCCCCGCGUUGCGACGAGUCUCUGAUUUCAUCAAGAGCCAAGGAGCUCAAUGCGGCAUCCAACUGGCUCACGCCGGCAGGAAGGCCAGUACCUGCGCACCCUGGAUUGCGGGCUCCCAAAAGACCCAAGGCGGAAAGCGCAAAGUGAGCGUCAAGGCCGACGUCGACGCCGCGGGGUGGCCCACCAACGUUGUCGGUCCCAUGGGCGGCCAAGAAUGGGUAUGGGACAACCUACCAGCCGACGACGAGAACAGCGGCUACUGGGCCCCCCGCGCCCUCAGCGAAGCCGAGAUCCAAGAGCUCGUUCAAGACUGGGCCGCCGCCGCCCAGCGCGCCGUCAAAGCCGGAGUCGACGUCAUCGAAAUCCACGGCGCACACGGCUACCUCAUCCACCAAUUCCUCUCCCCCGUCACCAACCAGCGAACAGACCAGUACGGCGGUUCCUUUGAAAACCGCACUCGCCUCCUCAUCGACAUCAUCAAGGCCAUCCGCGCAGUCAUCCCAGACUCCAUGCCCUUGUACCUCCGCAUCAGCUCCACAGACUGGAUGGAAGAAACAGACCUCGGAAAGAAACUUGGCAGCUGGGACGUCGAAAGCUCAAUUCGCCUCGCCAAGCUCCUGCCCGCCCUCGGUGUCGAUCUCCUCGAUGUAAGCAGUGGAGGCAAUCACCCCGAGCAGCGCAUCAAUAUGUUCGAGUCCAAGGACUACCAGACGAGGAUCGCCGCGCAGAUCCGUAGCGAGCUCAAGAAGGAAAAUCUCAACUUGUUCAUCGGGGCUGUAGGAUUGAUUACUGAAGCCGAACAGGCGAGGGAUAUCGUUGAAGAUGGUGCGGCUCCAAAGGCUGGGGAUGAGGAACUCGCAAAGGAGGCACAGGCUGCGGUUAAGGUUACAGAGGGUAAGGAGCCCUUGGCUGAUGUCGUGCUGGUUGCGCGUCAGUUUAUGAGGGAGCCCGAGUGGGUGCUGCGUGUUGCCUGGCAACUGGGUCUUGAUGUUGCGUGGCCAAACCAGUUUUUGAGGGUUAGGUUUCCCAAGUUGUGA